AGCCAAACAAAGAAUGAUUUAUAUAAUUUUUUAUCUUUCUCUCUCUUCAAAAGAUUAAAAAGAACGAUUAUUAUAUUUUAAGUUUAUUGUUAUUCCAAUCAUUGAUACGUUUCUUCUUAUCUUUUAUUUUUACUUGUAUUUAUAUAUUAUGAAUAAUAUACUCAUCAAUCUCCAACAAGAUAGAUAACGUUUGAAUCAAUUCGCAUAUUUUUUAAAAUUAUUUUUAUCCAUGUUUUUACUUAUUCAAGAACAUCUACCUUUAAAUUUGUUGUGUUACGUUGGAAUUAGUACAGUCAUAUGUUGUGAACAGCAGACGCUUUCCUUGCCUGACGCCUGUUGGUGUUGGACUGUAUUUUGCUACAUAAAGUCUGGGGUUCUAGCUCUACCUAAUUUUGGAAUGCUAGUAUCUCAAUAAUUGUGAAUAAUUCCAUUAAAUAACUAAACGAUGGCAUCUAAAGGUGGGCCUAUUGUAGCUGGAACAGACGGAAAUGAUUAUCUUCAUCGUGAAAGAGUCGCUGCUCAAUAUCAAAUAAGUGCCCAAAAUAAGUCCAGAUUGAAGUAUUGCAUUUUCUUCCACUACCUACUGUUCUUUGCAAUGCUAGCAAAGUUGUCAGCGGACAUACUUGACAGAUUAGAUAUUUUCAUAUUGGAGAUUGAAGAACUACAAGUACCAAAGCCUCUUUGGUGGGAAUACAUUUGGUGCAUAAGCUUGCUGCUGUCGUUUCUGGGACUGUCAGCAGUGAGGAAAAAUCGCAUCAAGACAAUGAAGAGAUACAUGUACGGAAUAAUAGUGUUCGGCUUUGGGCCAGUACUCUUCGCAGCUGUCUACUAUUUCUCAGAGUUCUGGCAAUACAUUUCAGAAGAGGAGCCGGGUGAUAUAACUCUUUGGCAGGAUUAUCCGGUAGCCCUGCUGUGGUAUGCGUUUAUCCUGCUGGCAGUGCAGGUGCACAGUUUUUCGCUGUUCUUCGCUCGGAACCUUGUAGUCGCGUGGACAGCCCGAGGAUCGAAAAAGACAGAAUAAGUAAGGAGGCAAGACCGCAUUGUGUUCAGUCGUAGCUUCAAAAUUAUGUAUUUAACUGAAAAACGAAGUAAUAUUAAUCGGUGUAUUUAUGUAUGUCGUAUCGAAUUAUUGUACAGAAUAUUAUACUGUAGAUAUAUUUAUAAUUGCUGUUGAGUGGAAAUUGAAGUGCUCUCUCUCGACUAUCUCCACGUUUCUGUAAAUCUCAAACUGAAUCUGAAAUGUAGGAUACUUGGUCCUCAAGUUAACUAUAUUUCAUCCAGUUUCUACAGUGUUCAAGUAUGGUACUUGGAAGUGGUAUUCUUCUUUAGUUCUUCCAAAUAAUACUUGUUUUCUUCCAAAAAAUGGCUUUCAAGUAUGAAACAAAACAAUAACAAAAUACAAUACUAUUAAACUGAAACAAUCCACCAAUAGUUGAUUUUUCUUUCAUCUUUUUGAUAUAAAAUUCCAUGUCCCUAGAGAUCAGUCAUUGAAUAUUUACUUUGAAAUAUUUACAUUGAAUACUUUACAAGUAUUGUUACUUUGUUAGUAACAAGUCAUUGAAUAUGACCUUAGCACAAAUUAUCAAACUAAAGGUGCAUUUUCGUUUGUGCGUAAAUUUCCGCAGUCGACGACGACAAGCAUUGUUGACAUUCAUAUUGUCCAAAUUUCAAGUGUGCUAAACCAGCUGAUCAAAUAACUUUUCAUUAUUUGUGUUUAUUAUUCAAGAAUAAUAACUUAUUGCCAUUUAAAAGUAUAAACUCAACCUCCCCCAUUAAAACAUAAUUUGAACAUAAUCUUUUAGGUUAUUUAGACAAAUUGAAAUCUACCCAAUCUGAGACCCUGUCGUGGUGGACGACGGCAUCUAUGCACAAACAAAAACCCAGCUUUAAUUGUAAAUAUUUUUCUGAUAUGUCACAGACUGUCUAGUUUGAAGUUUAUGAUAACUUUUCAGUUUGUACCUGAUAUUGUUGUGGUGACUACCCCUAACAUUUUCAACACUAUAAUAUUAUAAGCUAUACAAACCUUGAAUCUUGAAUACCUGAUAUGAACUUGGACAGUCAAGAUAAUGGUCUCCCAUCAAAAAUCAGACCAGUAGCAGGUGAUUCGACAUUAUCUCACUUUCGUGAAGAGAAUAAUAAUUAUGUCAAUUAAUCACUAUUCUGAGCCUUUUCCAAUAUCGUUGUUUGAAUAGAUCUGCUAAAUUUAGUUAUAGGACUAUUGCCUUAGAAAUUGGUGUCUAAAUUAUUAAGAAUAUAUAAAUGCUGUUGGUAUCCUUUCAGUCAGUUUUUUCUAACUAAGUAUUUGGCCAAGAUAAUUUGUUCAUUUUUUAGGUUAUGGUACUUCCCAUAGAAUGAACUUGGUUAGUACUACAUAACAGGCGUACUUUCUAGAACCACCCAUACAAUUAUACCAAAUACAUAUUAUUCAAAUUCUACUAGUAUAUUAUCCUACUAUGUUCAUUUGUAGUCUAUAAUAUCAUUUCCUUUAAACUAGUAAACUGAUUAUUAUAAUUUUUUGUAUUGAAGAAUAACAUCGCAGAAUCGUAGCAGAAUCAAGAAAAUAAUCUUGUUGCUUUUUAUUAUAAAAAACUAUUUACCACUCAAUAUCAAGUACAAUUUUAUACCUGCAGUUUUCAGUGCGUUUAAUGGGUGGUUAUUAGAAAGUAUUAUUGAAAAUGAAUGCAUGAAAUUAUUUUCUAUGAAUGUCAUAAUGACUCAAUAUUUGAGAACUGAUUGUAUUAACUGCAUUUACAUACAUAGCGUAUCAUUAAGUAAAAUUUUCACCCUUUUCGACUGGAGAAUCUCGCUAUUUCUCUCUAAUUGUCUUUCUUUGUCUUCUUCAACUUAAUUUUACGAAAAUCGAUCUUCUAUCUCCCUCUCAUUAUCUCUUAUCUUUGUUUAGAAUAAGAAAAUUUACCUCAAUUCACGGAGUGUUGAGUCUAAAUCGAAUGCAUAAAUUAAUUAGAUAUUAAGUUUAUUGGUCAAAUAAUAUUAUGAUUUAUGGUACGCGAUCGAGGUAUUCUAUUCUAAUUGAACGUGAUUUUUAUUAGGGAUAGAUUUGAAAUGUUUUAAUUCAUUUGAGUGGUUGUUUAUCUUUUGAUUUCUGAGUUUUCUCAAGUAAAAAUUUUUAUUCAUCAAUGUGUUGCUUUUUUGUUCAUAUCGUAACUACGUUCUUUCACUGAUAAAUAAUAAUCUAUCCUUGUUGAAUAUUUAAUAACUCGAGAAUAAAUUAAUUAUUCUUCGGUCAGUCUAUUAAAGUGUAUUUGAAAACGUUUUCCAUUAUUUUUAAGAUGUUGAUGUUAUUGAAAUUUAAUAAACUAUUUUUGUUAAUUGAUUUUUCAAUACGUUGUUAUUUUGACCUGCAAUUAGUUUCCCAAAAUAGUAAUGAUUGGAUUUCCAUCGUAAUUUUAUUUGAAAAUAUUUAUUUAAGAAAUUAUUAUUGACCUCAUUAUGUACACUAACAAAACAAUAUUUGAUGUGUUUUUGCAGAUAUUGCUUAUAAAGCCAAAGUUAUAUUAUGUCUACUUAUUCACUUUGACUUGCGCAAAUUAUUAUAGCUAUUUCAUUAUACUUUUUUGGGAAAGUGAAGUCUAUUCAUAAAAUUAUAUAUUGGAUAUGUAUGCAAAAGCAUCGAUUUUUUUAUUUGGUCAAUGGUUUAAAUACCGGAUAAUAUAAUCUAGUAAAUAUUAGAUAAGACUUGAAUAAUGUGAAUAUGCUUUGAAAAUUUCUUCAGUUUAACCAAACACAUCGAAACUACAAUGAAUCUAAACAGCAUAAAAUGUUGUCUAUUUUUAUAUUUUCAUGUGACCAUUUUAGAACAAGUCUCCUCUAGAAAAAUCUAGAUUUGCAUUUCAUCUUUUUGUACAGAAACUGAAACAAAAAUCUAUAACUUUGAAGAGUUUACUCAUUUUCAAUAGUUUGUCGACUGUGUGUAGGAAAACUAAUCGUGUACUUAAUAAUAUUCAAUGUGAAAAUAUAUUUUUGUAAUUCGAAUAAUCCAAUGUACGUGAACCAAUUAACAUGUAUCUAUUAUUAUCCUUGGAACGUUCAGAGACUGUUUAUGUAACAUCAAAUGUAUUAUCUCUUAUUUCAAUAUUGUAAAAACAAGCUGUUGAUGACAUAUUCGAAAUGUUGCAUGCUUUUUGAUGUUUAAAUGUUGUUCAAAUACCAAUGAAAAUAUUAGCAAUAUUUAAAUGUUUAGCAGGGUCUGUUGUUAUUUUUGAAGAAAGAUAAAUAAAUUUAAAUUGAA